AAGCACUUAACAAAGAUGGCGAAGACGGCGAGAGGGCAAAGGGAAAAGAAAGUUUCAGAGACUUUAGAGCAAUGGCGGCAGGUGAAUUCAUGUGACCAAAUGAAAAGAAGAAAAAGAACAGCUCACAAGGGUUCAAAAAAAGGGUGUAUGCCAGGAAAAGGAGGGCCUGAAAAUGGGCAGUACCAUUACAGAGGAGUUAGGCAGCGGACAUGGGGUAAAUGGGUGGCUGAAAUCAGAGAGCCCCAGGAUGGUAAGCGCCUCUGGCUCGGAACUUUCGAGACAGCUCAUGAGGCCGCUCUUGCAUAUGACCAUGCUGCUCAAAUCACGUAUGGGUCUUUUGCCUGCCUUAAUAAUCCUCCUCUGCAACCUCAGAAUAACAAUAUAAGUGAUUUAAAUCCAACUACAGACAACUCCUCCAAUGUUGAAAGUACCCAGGGGGAUCUGCAAAUUACAGAUACCCAGCUAAGUGAUAUUAGUAUAGACGAGAUUUUGCAGAUGUUUGAUGAUGGAGGAGGAGAUGAGAAUUUCCCAUUGCAAAAGCUGACCAACUAACUCUCCAUCGGUUCUUUUGAAACGUAUCCGAGCAACUAAUACAGUUUUUUUUGUACAGCAUGGGAUCGAUUAUUAAAGAAAGUUCUGGAUGGUGGUUUUUUUUUCGGUAUAUGUCUUGAUCUGUGUAUUCCUUUUGGCGAAAGGAUAAGCAACCGGGUAAGGGUUCUGAAUCUCUCCUAACAAUUUGUUUUAAUUUAGGCGUUUAAGCGAUUGUAUAAUGAAUAAUUUAUUUAUUGGAUGAGCAAUCAAUUAUAGAUAUUAAUCUGCAUAAUCAAUUUUUUUACAUUAUACAGAAAUUUGA